AUGACGGUUUCCGAGCUUUCGCCACGUCAUCGCGCGUGCGAACGUGCAGUCAGACCGCUCCGUCACUCGAGAGAACCAUGCCCUUUCGUUUCAUACCCGUGUAAAUAUAAAAACCUGGCCUUCUUCAUUUCUCUUUACUCCUUCUCCUUCAUUCCAACCUGCUCCAGUGGUCUCCCCCUUGUAGCUUCUUUAGAACCAAGGUUGAGCCAUAUCCACGGACCCCUGCGUCAUGGCUUGAUCCAAAUGGUUUUCUCCCUCCUGCUGUCCAACAACUAUUCUUCGUUCUGGAACGUCGAUGUGGGCCAAAGCCGUGGUGUGGCCGAGAUUCCUUCCCGGCCCUGGGGGAGAAUGAUCUUUCUUCGUAUGAGGCCGCAGAGAGACCGCAAUGUGUACGAUGAAGAUGGAAGGGCCUGGUAUGACAAUUCCAACUCGGCCAUGUCCGCUUGGCCUAGCAUCUUGGUUGCAUCUAUGAUCAGGGUGACGGCCCUAGUUUCACCUAGCCACAGUUGUGUUCAGAAUGACGACCCUGGCCAUGGCCAGAGCGACGGCCUUGAUUGCGAACUGGUCUCACUCGUGGCCAGAGUGACGUCCACACCCAUGGUUGGAAUGACGGCCCUGAUUUUGGCCGGUUGCACCCGUGUCCCGAGUGACGGCCCUGGCCGUGUCCGGAAUGACGGCCUUGAUUGUGACCCGGUCUUACCCAUGUCCAGAGUGGCGUCCGCACUCAUGGCUGGAGAGACGGCCCUGAUUUUAGCCGGCUGCACCCAUGUCCCGAGUGGCGGCCCUGGCCGUGUCCGGAAUGACGGCCUUGAUUGUGACCCGAUCUUACCCGUGUCCAGAAUGACGGCUCUGCCUUCGGUCGCGGCUAGUGAAACCGUAGGCGGUGGAGGGACCGCCUAG